AUGGGGAACUGCUUCACCUCCUGCACAAGGGACAACAGCCUGGUCCCUGGGUCUUCAGCCACCUUCCGCGAGCGGAGAGACGGAGACGGCCCGAGGGCAGGGGGACCGCGGAGUCUGGAGCGGCGCGGAGCGGGGGCGGCCCCGCCGGGGGCGCCGUUGACCUUCCGACGAAGGAUCCGCCUCUUUCAGAGCCCGCCUCGAGUCGUGUACGAAAGUAAUGGGUGCAAAAUGCAGACCCCCGAGUGCGCGGUCUGUCUGGAGGACUUGGUGGGCGGGGACCCCAUCCGGUCUCUGCCCUGCAAGCACAUCUAUCACCUGGACUGCAUCGACGAGUGGCUGACCCGGUCCUUCACCUGCCCACUCUGCCGGGGGCCCGCGGAUGCCGCGAAGCCUUUGUCAGAGGAUGCUCUUGAGCCCGGAUCCCUGGUGUGA